UCCCUUCAGGACUUACUCUGAACAGCGCUAUUAGCCAAGUUUUCAUUCCAAAGCAUACGCAUACUAGGCCACGCAUUUCUAUAGUUGAGCAAACUCAGGGAUGGGAUGUUCCAAGCGGCCAAAAGGGCCCAAUCCAGUAGACGAGGAGAUCAAAAAGCGCCGGGACGCAGAGGCAGCUGCUGAGCAAGCCCGAAAGGACGUUAAGGCUGCCGAAAAACGGAUCGCUGAGCUCAACAACGUGAACGAAAAACAACAGGAAAAGACUAAGGCGGCUGAGCGGGCCACUGAGGAAGCUAAGGCGGCUGAACAGGCUCGGGGCCGUGAGGCAAGGGAGGCGAUGGCCGACGCCAAACGUGCUUCAGACGAAGCUUGCUCGCGGGCGGAAGCUGCCGCUCGUACCGCCAACGAGGAAUCAAGAAAGUUAGCAGCGCAGGCAAUGGAGGAGCUUAGGCGAACUGCUGCUAUACAAGAGCAAGCCAGACGGGACGCCCAGGCUGCCCAGGAGCAGGUCAAGAAACUACAGGAGGCUGCCGAUGAGGAGAAGAGGAAGGCGACUGCCGCCCAGGAGGCGGCCAACGCGUCGAAGAAAGCGGCAGACGCGGCCAAUGCUGCCAAGGAGGAGGCUGAACGCAAGUUGAAAGAAGGCAUUCAACCUGUGGUGACUCCCACACCUGAAGAAGUUCGCGCAGCCAAGCAGAGAGUACAAUAUCGCGAGGACCUUUUCCAUAUCGCAAUAGCCGGUGUGGCAGGAGGAGGGAAAUCAUCUCUUAUCAAUGCCUUCCGCGGUUUGCGUAAUAAGGACAUUGGAGCUGCUGCCACUGGCGUCACCGAGACAACGCUAGUCAUGGCUAGAUACCCUCAUCCCAAUGCAGAAUAUCCUCUUGUCUUGUACGAUUUCCCGGGCGCUGGCACGCUCAAAAUCCCAGACUGGCAGUACUUCAACGACCAAGGACUUUAUGUUUUUGACAGCAUCAUCGUCUUGUUCGACAAUCGCUUCACCAUGACCGACAUCGCCAUCCUCACGAACUGCAGGCGUUUCAAGAUCCCCACGUAUAUCGUGCGUUCUAAGGCAGAUCAGCACAUCCGCAACAUUAUGGAAGAUAUGGGGUAUGAUAGCGAUGGUGAUAGCAGCCAGGUCAACAGGCUUUACCAGGCUGCACGGCAGCAGUUCAUUCAGCAGACGCGCCAGACCGUGAAAGACAACCUGCGGGAUGCCAAUAUACCUGAGCAAAGGGUUUACAUCGUUUCGCACAAAACGAUGCUCGAUGUCGCGUUGAACACAACAAUAUUCGAUGUUCUGGCGAGAAGGCAGCCGAAGACCAUCGACGAGAUUGAGUUGUUGAGCGACUUGAUCCGAGAAGCCCAGAUCAGGCGAGGACGCCGUGACUGAGGCGCUACUAUUACGAAUGAGUUGUCGGUGGUGAUACAGUUCUUCUUCCUUCGGACUCUUACUGAUACUUCUCUGUUCUUGACAUGAUCAUA